AAGCUGCAACGUCGGGCUCUACCAUUUCCCGCUUCCGCACGGAAGAGAGGGGGUAGCACCUGGAAGUCAUACCCCUUCUUCCUUUUCGCAUGUGACUCUUCUCACAUUUAUUUCAGCUUUCAAACAUAAUAAAUAAUUUUGAAAUAGAAUUUCAGGCCAAGGUGACGAGACUUUUUGGUGUAAGUGCCUUCUCCUUCCUAGAGUUUCGUUCCCCCCCCCCGAGAUGGUAUAAUCCUGAGUUUCCCCGGCCUCAGCCGUUCCCCUCCAGUUCCAAGAUGGCGGCCGCCGCUGAGGGGCUUCUGUCGGCGGAUCGUCACAGUUGCUGUUGAGCGGGCACCACCUUUUCUAGCUCUCGAACCUGGAUUCGACUAGGGGUUGGGAAGGGCAGUGGACGGCGUUGGGGGAGGACUGACGAGGCAAGUGAGGGCAAAAGAAAGGAGUGAGCCUUUGGAUGAGGGAGGGGGCGUCCUCGGCCCUCAGGGAGAGCCUGGCUCCAACUCCGACCCAGCCUCCCUCGGGGACGUGCUCCCGGAGUUUCGGUUGAGUCAGUCCUGGUCGCUCCUGGUAGAAGCGCUCGGCGAGGGAACGAGAAGUGAUUUCUUCGUGGGUCUGAAAGUGGCGGCUCCUUUGUGUCAGGCUGUGCCAUUCACUCCCGUGCCUCCUUCUGGCGCUGCCUCUCCUCUGUCUCGGGGCGCUGGAGGCGUUCAUCCGGCGCCACGGUUAGCUCUUCCUCCGCGUGGCUACGGUGUUGUCAGCCUCCUCGCUCGGAGUCUUCCCGUCGUGUCGGGACGAGAGACUACGAGUCUGCUAAGCACUGGGCACGAAGUAGGCGUCCUUUUAGUUAACUGACUCCGAAGUUCUUAAAGAUAUUACUACGCUUUCUUAAUAAUUGUCUCGGCCCUCCACCGUCCCCGAGCGCUUUCACUCCUAUCAUUUCAGUAUUUUAAGACCUCAUUCUUUUUGACUUUGUGUGAUUUUAACAUGCUCUUUAGAAAACAGGAGGUCACGGGCAAGUCUGGCCUCCUGUGAUCAGCCACACCUGAGUUACCAUUGACUUAUCCCCUGGAUUUUCAUUUACAGUCCCUUUGAUCCUGUUGUGAAGCCACUGCUCUUCUGAAAUUGACCAGAAAGAGACUUUCGCACCUCAUGAGUUCCAGGACUAACCCGAACUCACCCCUUUGUUUUUUUCUGUGGAUUUUGCAUAGUUCCCCUUAGUCGUCAUUUUCAGCAUACAAGGUCGUUAUUGAGAGAGGAAGUAACUGAUACAUAUUUGGGAUGAAGUCGUAUCGACCAAAUUCACUGCACUGAAGGCAUUUAUGAUCUUAUUUAUACAGAACUCUUCCUCUGAAUUCAUCGUGUUUCAUCAUAUAUACGACUGAUACAUCAAACCUUUUAGAUUGUUGUUAUUGGACCAAAAAAAAAGAUGACAUCAAUUAUCAAAUUAACUACCCUCUCUGGGGUCCAAGAAGAGUCUGCUCUUUGCUAUCUUCUCCAAGUUGAUGAGUUUAGAUUUUUAUUGGACUGUGGCUGGGAUGAACACUUUUCAAUGGAUAUUAUAGAUUCCCUGAGGAAGCACGUCCACCAGAUUGAUGCCGUGCUAUUGUCUCACCCCGAUCCUCUCCACCUUGGUGCGCUCCCGUAUGCUGUUGGCAAGUUGGGUCUGAAUUGCGCUAUCUAUGCAACCAUUCCUGUUUAUAAAAUGGGGCAGAUGUUCAUGUAUGAUCUUUAUCAGUCUCGACACAACACAGAAGAUUUCACACUCUUCACAUUAGAUGAUGUUGAUGCAGCCUUUGAUAAAAUACAGCAGCUGAAAUUCUCUCAGAUUGUGAAUUUGAAAGGCAAAGGACAUGGCUUGUCUAUCACACCUCUGCCAGCUGGUCAUAUGAUAGGUGGAACAAUAUGGAAAAUAGUCAAAGAUGGAGAAGAAGAAAUUGUUUAUGCAGUUGACUUCAACCACAAGAGGGAGAUCCACUUGAAUGGAUGUUCCCUGGAAAUGCUCAGCAGACCCUCGCUACUUAUCACGGAUUCGUUUAACGCUACUUACGUGCAGCCUAGGCGAAAACAGAGAGAUGAGCAACUUCUGACAAACGUCCUGGAAACACUUCGAGGUGAUGGAAACGUAUUAAUAGCAGUGGACACCGCAGGCAGAGUUUUGGAACUUGCUCAACUUCUUGAUCAGAUUUGGAGAACUAAAGAUGCAGGAUUGGGUGUUUACUCAUUGGCCCUCCUAAAUAAUGUCAGUUAUAACGUGGUGGAGUUUUCAAAGUCCCAGGUAGAAUGGAUGAGUGAUAAAUUGAUGAGGUGUUUUGAAGACAAAAGAAAUAAUCCAUUCCAGUUUCGCCAUCUCUCUUUAUGUCAUGGUCUUUCUGACUUGGCUCGAGUACCUAGCCCCAAAGUUGUCCUUGCCAGCCAACCUGACCUGGAAUGUGGAUUUUCAAGGGACCUCUUUAUUCAGUGGUGUCAGGACCCUAAAAACUCAAUCAUUCUAACUUAUAGAACUACUCCCGGGACUUUGGCACGUUUCCUAAUUGAUAACCCUUCUGAAAAAAUUACAGAAAUAGAGUUGCGGAAACGUGUGAAGCUUGAAGGGAAGGAACUUGAGGAAUACUUGGAAAAAGAGAAGUUAAAGAAAGAGGCUGCUAAAAAACUUGAACAGUCAAAAGAGGCAGAUAUAGAUUCUAGUGAUGAGAGUGAUGUUGAAGAGGAUAUUGACCAGCCCUCGGCUCACAAGACUAAGCAUGACCUGAUGAUGAAAGGUGAAGGUAGUCGUAAAGGAAGUUUCUUCAAACAGGCUAAAAAGUCUUAUCCCAUGUUUCCUGCCCCAGAAGAAAGAAUUAAAUGGGAUGAAUAUGGAGAGAUUAUCAAACCAGAGGAUUUCUUAGUGCCAGAACUUCAAGCUACUGAAGAAGAAAAAAGCAAGUUAGAAUCUGGCUUGACAAAUGGAGAUGAACCCAUGGAUCAGGAUUUAUCAGAUGUUCCUACCAAGUGUAUUUCUACGACAGAGUCCAUUGAAAUAAAAGCCAGGGUCACCUACAUAGACUAUGAAGGACGCUCUGAUGGGGAUUCCAUUAAAAAAAUCAUUAAUCAGAUGAAACCACGACAGUUGAUCAUUGUCCACGGACCUCCAGAGGCCAGUCAGGAUCUUGCAGAGUGCUGCCGUGCGUUUGGUGGGAAAGAUAUUAAAGUGUAUAUGCCAAAGCUACAUGAAACAGUUGAUGCCACUAGUGAGACUCAUAUCUACCAGGUGAGAUUAAAAGACUCACUUGUUAGCUCCCUUCAGUUUUGUAAGGCGAAAGAUGCUGAGUUAGCUUGGAUAGAUGGUGUCCUAGACAUGAGAGUCUCCAAAGUGGACACGGGAGUUAUUUUAGAAGAAGGAGAGCUGAAGGAUGAUGGAGAAGACUCAGAAAUGCAAGUGGAAGCUUCUUCAGAUUCUAGCGUUAUAGCACAGCAAAAAGCCAUGAAAAGUCUGUUCGGAGAUGAUGAGAAAGAGACAGGGGAAGAAAGUGAGAUCAUUCCAACUUUGGAACCCUUGCCACCUCAUGAGGUUCCUGGACAUCAGUCAGUUUUUAUGAACGAACCAAGACUAUCAGACUUCAAACAAGUUCUUUUACGGGAGGGGAUUCAAGCUGAAUUUGUAGGCGGUGUUCUUGUUUGCAACAAUCAAGUAGCAGUCCGUAGAACGGAAACUGGACGCAUUGGAUUAGAAGGCUGCCUUUGUCAAGAUUUUUAUAGGAUAAGAGACCUUUUAUAUGAACAGUAUGCCAUUGUAUAAAGGACAUGAUGUCAAAAAGUAUCUGUUUGACCUUUUGAAGACAAAAAGGGUUCUUAUCUUAUUCUAAGGUUUUGCUUUUUUGUUUUGUAACAUACAAAAUGGAUCAGCUAGAAAACAUAAUGUGUUAGAUUUUUAAAAAAUGUAAAUAGAGACCAUUUUGCUAAUGCUCAAAUGAGAAUUCUACUUUUUGGCUUUCUUUCUGAGUGACAGAGAACCUUACAAGUGUACAGGCCCACGAGUUGAAGAAGAUUGGUUUCCUUUACAGACCCCUUAUUCAGAGAAGGGCUUUUUACUUGAAUAAAACAGUACAACUCAGCAAACCAGUUCAUGGCCUUAGAGAAACAUGUUUGCUUGUGUUCUUGCACAUUGUUUCUUAUGUCUCCUGGAGUGAAAAGCGAGAAUUACUUAGAAAAGAUGUGCUACAAAAAACAAAACCAGUAAAACAGUUUUUGAGGUCUAUUUAAAAAACAAAGACAAACCAAAACCUUUAACGAAUAUGUGCGGUAACUCAUUUUUGAAUUCUAAUAUGCAGUUGUUUUCAUUUGUGUGGUUAUACUCAUAACAUGGAGCAUAUCUGCUCUGUGCCUGCAUUUCCCGUGGAGUUACUCUGGUGUGAGGGAACGCACAUUUGGUUCAGAAAUCACUUUUUGUUUCUCCCAUUUCUUGUUUUGUCAAGAUCGAUGUUGUUCUUCAGUUGGAUCAUAACGCUGCCGUUUGCGUAUACAUAACCUGAAAGAGCUUCUUGGUGUGUUACAGACUUACGGUUUCUGCAUUUUCUUUAGAGAUACCUGAGCUGUCAGCUAGGUUGCCAUAUCGGAAACUCUAGUACUGUCUUUAAGGAAACAAAUGUUGAACCUCACAUUUUUAUAAGGUAACAGUGUAGUUUAAUUAAAAGAUGUACUUUUUUGCAUCUCAGGCUUGCUCUCUCCUACCCAAGCAGUGGUUGGAUUUUACACAAAUUAUUACAAAAUGAUACUGAAGUUGGAUAAGGUCGUUCUACCUGUAUUGAUGUCUUUAUUGUGGCUAGCAGCCCUGGUAUAGUAUAACCAUUGUAUGUUCAAAAAUAAAAACUGAAUUAUGCAAUUUACAUUGAACUUAAGAAAUGAAAACCAUAUUGUCCUAUUGUAAUCUGUUGAUGCUUUUUAAAGAAGUGGCUUAAUUAUGGCAGACCUUGAUGUUUAUUUCUUAUUUAAGCCCUCUUUUUUUUUUCUUUACACUUAGCAUUUUUAGGACAAUCAGUCUUAUUGUUUAACUUAGAACUAUGGAUAGUGCAACCCAGUGAUAUCGCACUAAAAUUAAUAUUUCAUUCUGUUUCAAAUUUUUAGAGACCUUAUGUUGUAGAUUAUAGUGCUAACACCGUUGACAACCUUCUGAUACUGAAAACAGGAUAUACCAAACAAUGUUAUAGAUGAUGCAUAUUCAGAGUAUGUUUUCUUUUUAGAGCUUUGAAAAAUUUUCAUUUACGCUCACUACUAUAUAGAGUAAGCCUACAGUCCUAUUUAUAUUCCAGGGAGAAGAAAAUCUGCAUUUGUUUCAUGGUUUAAAGCUUCUGGUUAUUACAGAUUACAUUGUAGUGCUGUUCCUGAAGAUUUGUUUUCUUGCUAGCCUUUUUAUUGUCCUGUGAGCAGAAGUUAAAUUUUCAAAUACUGCUUGAAGGUAGCUGUGCUAACUGAUGUUAUUACAAGGGCAAUACUUUUACCCAUUUCUAGAUGGCAAUAAUACUACCAUUUCUACAACGAAGACACUUAUUUUAGCCUCAGUUAGUUAUGAAAAAUAUAAACUUAAAAAAGGACUAUCUGAUAAAUCAUGAACUUAGAAGAACUUUCAGAUCUUUAUUGUUUAAAAGCAGGAAUAAAUAACAAGUGGACUCUCA